UCCCGAUAAGACGCGUGUAUGCAUGUACAUGUGUCUUCACUUUGUUAUCACUCGCAGACCAUUCAUCGAAAUACAAAGUGUUGUUUUCGGGAGUAAUUUGCUACUAAUUGGAUAUUCAAAAUGGCGAUGAAACGAGGAAAAGUUCCCAAAGAGGUGAUGGACGUAUUCGAGAAGUACAUGCAGAACAACGUACGUAAUCUGAAGAAAGAGCAGGCGACCGAUCUCUUUCAAAAGGAAUUCCAGCUAGACGUUGAGCAGGCGGAAGUGAUGUUCAACACUUUUGAUAAGGACAAAAAUGGCAUCAUGAGUAUAUGGGAGUUUCAGCAGUUCUACAUGUGCAUGGGCGAUCAUUGUCAGGAGGUUAUCACCAAAUUUAAAGAGCUGGACGCGGACGGAAGUGGGAAGCUCGAUGGCGAGGAGGCGAAGGAGGGACUGAAGACGCUGCAGACGGCGACGGGACGCCAUCUGGAGGAAAAGGAGAUUGAAUUUUUCAUGAAGAGCGCCGUAGGGGACGACGGGCUUAUCAACCUGGGCGCGUUUACCAACUUGUUGUAUACGCUGAAACUGUAUAAGGCGCCUGCGCCGAAAUCUUAGAGCCGAUCGCUUAUUUGCUCACGCAAUAUUUAGUUCCUAACAUUGAACUAUUUUGUGUAUUGUAUUUUUAUGAUUUUAUAUGCGUGGAAAAUAAAUUAUUCAGUUUGUUAAUAUACUUUAUAAUGUUUAUGUAAAAACUAUACGCGUCAACAUUAAGAUAACGAUUAAAUCGUCUUUAUUUGUGUUAAUGCAUCUACUUACAUAAAGGCUUGCAUUUAUAUCGCUUGAGCGAAAGCGUAGACUUGCAACUUGCAGGUGUUAUUUUACAUCAACUUUCCUACAUAUUUGUUUGUAUGCCAAAUUUUUGUAUCGAACUCCAGUCCGCGAUUACGCAAUAAUUUAAAAUAGGAAAUACAUCAUGCCAUUGAAAUAUUCGAAUAUAAACUGUCGACGUGAACGUAAACCGUACAUUCUUUUAUUUUCGUGAGUGGCUUCAUACAAUCUGGCAGUUUGGUUUGAUCUUAUAUUCUUGCAUUGUAUUAAGUGUCUGACAUAUAAAUUAGGAGUUGAGUGGUUCGAUUGCGGAUUUUACAAAAAUAAACGAAAAUUAUCCGACAAAUGAUAUUGAUUUCACGGUAUAUCAAUUCGUUUAUGACUGGAAUUAACUAAUUAUUUUGUGUGUGAUGGAAGUUGAUUGUUUAAUGUACGAAUUGCUUUACAUGCCUAUAUAAAAUUCUUUACACUAUGUGGAUUGAUAAUCUUGUACAAAUAAGAUUAAACAAAUAAUGCGUCUUCAUUUAAAAUUCCACCGUAAAUGAUCACGUUUAGUAUUAAAGUAUAGAGUUCACAUUGCUUUACACGCCUAUAUUCAAUUAUGUAUGCCGAUUGAACAUCUUGUAAAAAAUAUUUUUUUAAAUGCAUGCACAAAUGAAUUCCACAUUAAAUGCUUAUUUUAUGUAUUAAUGUAAAUGUUAAUUAUGAUUAUUAAUAUAUUUUUUAUUUUCAUAUGUGUAAAGAAACUGAUUUAAAACGUCUGUUUAAAUUGUAUGUCUUUUU